AUGUACUCUGCUCUGAAAUAUCCCGAAUCCGAUUGGCGACAAGAUGCAGUACGCUUCUUUGACACGGACGAACACCGAGCUUAUCGUAUCGAGAACAACGACGACUAUGAACCCCCGUCAUAUCAGUAUGAUUCCGAGCUCGAUUACGAUUCGGAUGCGGACAUCUACAGCAAUCAUGGCGAGAGCGACGACAGUGUCGAUGAGUUCCGUCGAGAUCGUCAUAGAUACUAUCGAAGGUAUGAUGGGUGGGAUUCGGAGCGUCAGUACGGAAGUGAUUUCAUAAAUUGGAAGAAUGACCUGCUGAACCAACUUGAGCUGGAAGCAAGUAAAGAUUGGGACUAUACCGACGAAUCUCCGAGUCCGCCCAGGUGGGAGGACGUCUACCCCGAGCCCGAGUUACGUGGACCUCCUGAUUACGAUUCAUAG